ACUUCCUUUCUCUCUCUCUCUCUUCACUGUAUUGAACCUGAACGCGCCAAAUCCAUUUGCUUGUUCAGUGGAGUAAAUGGAAAUGGCAGCUCGGUUUCACUCUCUCUCCUCUUCUUUCACUCUCCAACCGCGAGCAGUUCUCAUAACUCCCAAUUGUCUCUCUAGCAAAAAGCUCUCAAACGUGCGACUCACUAAAUCCAUUUGCGGGCAGAGCUGUUGCCCUAAUCUUGCUGUGAAAUAUGGGAGUCGUGAAGUUUCGAAGAAGGGGGGAGUCAUCCAUUGCUCAGUUUCAACUACUGAAACUUCGAAAGUCGAAAAAAAGAGCCAACUGAAGACGAGAAGAGAUGUACGAAACAUAGCAAUUGUUGCCCAUGUUGAUCAUGGAAAGACGACAUUAGUGGAUGCCAUGUUGAAGCAAGCUAAGGUUUUCCGUGCAAACCAGUUUGUUCAGGAGAGGAUAAUGGAUUCAAAUGAUCUAGAGCGAGAGAGAGGGAUUACCAUACUAAGCAAGAACACAUCAAUUACUUACAAGGACACAAAGAUCAAUAUCAUCGAUACUCCAGGUCAUUCAGACUUUGGUGGGGAAGUGGAACGCGUUCUUAACAUGGUUGAGGGCGUUCUUUUGGUGGUGGACUCUGUAGAAGGGCCGAUGCCCCAAACAAGAUUUGUUUUAAAGAAAGCUCUAGAAUUUGGACAUGCUGUUAUAGUUGUGGUGAAUAAGAUUGACAGGCCUUCUGCUCGUCCUGAUUAUGUUAUCAAUUCAACUUUUGAAUUGUUUAUUGAGUUAAAUGCAACAGAUGAGCAGUGUGAUUUUCAAGUAAUAUAUGCAAGUGCUCUUAAGGGUCAAGCUGGAUUAGCUCCUGACAAUCUUGCAAAUGAUCUUGGACCUCUUUUUGAAGCAAUUAUCAGAUGCAUCCCUGAGCCUGUUAUUGAUAGAGAUGGUGCAUUGCAAAUGCUUGUGACAAAUGUUGAGUACGAUGAGCAUAAAGGGCGAGUUGCAAUUGGUCGUCUGCAUUCAGGGGUCUUGGAAAAAGGCAUGGAAGUGAAGGUAUGCACGACUGAUGAAACUUGUAGAUAUGGUAAAGUUAGCGAGCUUUUUGUGUAUCAAAACUUCUCAAGAGCUCCUGUGGAGAUUGUAGAGGCUGGAGAUAUUUGUGCUGUUUGUGGAAUCAAUGACAUACUUAUUGGGGAGACAAUUGCUGAUAAAAGUACUGGGAAGCCAUUGCCUGCCAUAAAGGUGGAGGAACCUACAGUGAAAAUGGCAUUCUCCAUCAAUAUUUCCCCUUUUGUUGGUCGGGAGGGAAAGUAUGUAACUAGUAGAAACCUUAGAGACCGUCUCUACCGGGAAAUUGAGAAGAAUUUGGCAAUGAGAGUUGAAGAUGGUGAAACAGCUGAUACAUUCAUUGUCAGCGGAAGGGGUACUUUGCACAUCACGAUACUAAUUGAGAACAUGCGUAGAGAAGGAUAUGAGUUCAUGGUGGGGCCACCAAAGGUCAUAAACAAAAAAGUGGAUGAAAAGUUGCUUGAGCCCUUUGAGAUUGCUACUGUAGAGGUACCGGAAGAAUAUAUGGGUCCUGUAGUCGAACUCCUAGGGAAGAGACGUGGACAAAUGUUUGAUAUGCAGGGAGCAGGAUCCGAGGGCACAAAUUUGCUCAAGUAUAAGAUCCCGACUCGUGGCCUUCUUGGUCUGAGGAAUGCAAUAUUAACUGCUUCCCGUGGCACUGCUAUUCUCAACACAGUAUUUGAUAGCUAUGGACCUUGGGCUGGAGAUAUGAGCACGAGGGAUCAAGGAUCCCUGGUAGCCUUUGAGGAUGGAACCACAACUUCCUAUGCUCUAUCCAGUUCACAAGAGAGGGGUCAGAUGUUUGUGAGUCCUGGCUUAGAUGUGUACAAAGGACAAAUUGUUGGUAUCCAUCAGCGUCCUGGCGAUUUGUCUCUCAAUGUGUGCAAGAAGAAGGCUGCCACGAAUGUACGUUCAAAUAAGGAGCAGACAGUGGUCCUUGAUUCCCCCUUGAGUUAUAGCCUUGAUGACUGUAUAGAGUACAUUCAAGAAGAUGAACUUGUGGAGGUCACUCCUUUAAGCAUACGAAUGUGCAAAAACCCAAAAAUGUCAAAGAAGAAAUAAGAAUUUUCAUUUACGGGACUGCCAUUUUACCAUUCGCAGAGACUUCUAAAUCAUGUUAAUUAUGCAUUUGACCUGCCAACGUCAAAACCUUGAAUGGAGAGAAUAUAGGCUCUCCAUGGCAGCAUAAAAGGGAAGGUAUGCAAAAUAUUUUAUGGGUAUAUCAAGGCUAUUGCCUGAAUCACAGUUGUAUAUAAUUCAUCAUAUAAAACUUUUAUGUUAUGGUAGAUCAUGAGGUCUCUCUCAUUGAUUAUAUGAAUGUUUUGUCUCUAAUAAUUGGUAUGGAUACACUAGGAUUUGAAGCUUGAUUGGUUAGUUAUUUGAGUAAUUGAAAAGUAUUUUUGAGUUG